AUGCUGGGAUCUUUUACAGCUAGCCAUGAAGCAGCUAUCAAAAUACCGGCAUAUUCUUUCUCUCGGGCCUUAAUGGGCCACCUUGAGGUUCAAGAUCCCCGUGAAAAGACAGUUAUUACACAGAGCAAGUACGACGGGGCAGGACUGGUGGGCAGCCUUCAUAAGUACCAUACAGCAAAUAUUAACGAAUUGGUUUUAAUUGCGGGAAUCAUUGGGUUGCUACUGGUAUUCAGCCUGAGUGUGUUCUCCUUUCAACGUACCGGCGUUUGGGUCGUGCGAUUGGUAACUGGUAACCACCAGCCCAUCUCAACUAGCUAUAGCGACCAAGAUGGGGUAGCGGCACCCAAGGCCCCGAGAAAGACGGCACCGUGGCCUCUUCGUCUGAUCAUAUUGGUCAUUGUAGUUGCUGGGACGGUUGUCUCAAGCGUACAAGCAUGCCAAUUCACUCGGAAUACGAGCAGUCUAGCAAGAUAUGGGUGGUGGAAUAGGGUAGGAAUCUGGAUAUGUAAACUACUCCAGUCCACGGCGCUCGCUAUUAGCUCUUCCGCUACAGCCUCCUUUGCUAUCUCCUGGAGAGCCGGGGUAAGCACCACCCUGAUGCUGCUUGUUCUCCUUGCGCAAGUAUACGGAACUCUUCUCUCGGACAACUCAAAUACUAUAUUGCUUGUACUUGCUGGAAGCGAAGCAAUACUCGGAACGAUAGCUGGUGCUCUCUGCUUCAUGAUCCCCCGGCGUCCAGAUGUGUUCUACAAAGGCAUCAUUGUUGACCGACAAUUUACUACUAGCCUCCUGGGCUGGAUCAGUUUUUCGUGGGCUGAGACAGUCCUACAAAUGGCAGAGCGCCCUCCGUCCUUGAAUGUCAAGGAUUUACCAGAAUUGGACAACUAUACAAGAGGAGAGACGACAUACGCUGCGUGGAAAUCUAAUUUGCGACAACACGAACCGAAUAGUGCUACAAAUUUGUGGUGGACAAUACUACGCUCUCACAGAGCCUCGAUAUGCGCUCAAGUGACCAUAACAUGUCUCCAGUCAAUUUUCGCGUUCGUUCCGCAAUUGGCAAUGUUACGCAUUCUGAUAAUUCUGGAAGGAAGCAGUGGUGAAAAUGGCAGAGAAUCACUUUUAUUUGCAGUCAUAGGCCUGGGGUUGUCUGUCAUGGCAUCUGCCACUUUGGAAACGUUCAAAUACUGGAUCUCGUACAACAAGCUGGUGAUCAGGGUGCGGCAGCAACUUUCGCUUAGCAUAUUCGAGAAGGCUGUUAGACUGAAUUGUUUCUCGGAUCCCAGUCCGUCGGGGACAGUGAAGUCGGCUGACGAGACUUACAGCCCGGUUAACCUGGUCGCUGUUGAUGUGCAGAAUGUUGUUGAUUUCCUUUGCUUCUCAUUUCUACUUUAUGAAUCCCCACUGAAGCUAGGAUUAGCAUUAACGUUUCUGGUACGACUCCUUGGGUGGCAAAGCGUUCUCGUGGGGAUUUCCGUGCUGCUGCUGCUUACGCUGCUCAACAUUCUGGCGGGCAGGAAGUAUGCGCGCCUCCAAGGCAUCCUAAUGCGUUUUCGCGAUCGCCGAGUGCGAGCCAUUAGUGAAAUGCUGCAAGGAAUACAUCAAAUCAAAUUUUCGGCUCAUGAGAGCCGCUGGCAGCAUAAGAUUAACCAGCUGCGGGAUACGGAGAUGCGUGCCCAACGUAUUGUCUGUCUCUGGCAGAUCGUUUUUGUUUCGAUGUCAUUAAUCAGUCCAAUUAUGCUAUCUGCAACCUGUCUAUCUGUCUUUGUUUUGCUUUCUGGCCGCCUCUCUGCCGCCACGGCCUUCACAUCUGUCUCCGUCCUGGCCUCUAUCGAGGUUGCCAUGACUAUUCUCCCUGAUGUUCUUUCCCUCCUGCUCAACGCUCGGGUGAGUAUGGAGAGAAUCCAAACGUAUCUGACCCAGUCAGAACGUGAGAACAAAACCAUACCAGCAAAGGAGAUUAAUUUUGAUAACGUCACUGUGGCCUGGCCUGGAUGUGGCGAAGGGCGUGGGAUUUUGAGGGGCCUCGAUUUGCGUUUCCCAAAGGGUGCCUUGAGCAUUGUGACAGGACCAACUGGGUCGGGAAAAAGCCUUCUAUUGGCAGCAAUUCUAGGAGAGGUCGAUGUGUUAGAAGGUCGAAUUAUGGCCCCGCGAGCAGAUGAUUUUGAGGAGCUAUCCCAGUGUCCAGAAGUGGGUCAUUGGCUGACGGACUCAGCCCUCGCAUUUGUCUCCCAAACACCAUGGCUCCAGAAUACCACCGUGAAAGACAACAUUCUCUUCGGGUUACCGUUCGACGAGGCGAGGUAUAGGAAUGUGAUCUUCGCAUGCGCCCUCUACGAGGAUUUUGCCAGUCUACCUCAAGGUGACCAGACCGCGAUCAAUAGCAAGGGCUCGAAUCUUAGUGGCGGGCAGAAGUGGCGAGUAUCUCUUGCCAGAGCUCUUUUCUCGCGGGCACGUACAUUGCUCAUGGAUGACAUCUUCAGUGCUUUGGAUGUUCACACCAGGGAGCAUGUCUACCGCCAUGUUCUAUGUGGCACACUGUUACAUGACAGAACUUGCAUCUUGGUUACCCAUCACCUUGAGCUUUGUAAACCGCAUGCGCAAUACGUAGUUUAUCUCAAGAAAGGGGCGCUGCAGUCGGCCACUACCGUCUCACAGGUUUCUCGCGUUCAAGAAGUCGGAGACAAGCGUGAUGCAUUCCUGCAGGCAGACGAGAGUCCCUCGAAUGCCGUAGAAAAUAAGUGGAGGUCUACGAACAUAUCUACGGGCAGAAUACCAUCCAUUACUUCUAGCGGUGCAGGAAAGGAGAAAGAGAUGAUCAGCUCGUUUCCUCCUUCACAAGGUGCAGCGUCAAUCUUCCUCAAAGAAGGAGCCAACUCGAUUGAGUGGCUCUUUUUGGGAGUUGCAUUUCUGACAUAUGGAGGCUUUAUGCUUUCCCGGGCAUGGUGGAUCCACCUCUGGACUGAUCACUACAAAGAGGCCACUGAUAUAAAUAUCUUCGUCUCUGAUCACCAGUACCCUGUGUAUUACUGGCUCGGUAUCUAUCUUAGCCUGUCUGUAUUGACGUGCAUUGUUGGCACAUGUCGAACAUACCUCUCCUUAUCUGCUGCACUCAGAGCAUCGCAGAGUCUAUUUCGAAAAAUGCUUUCCGCGACGCUCCAAGCGCCUCUUCAAUGGCAUGAAAAAGUGCCCUUGGGUGACAUAUUAAGCCGAUUUACCGCAGAUAUCAGCGUCCUCGACAUGCGAGUCGGAGACGAUCUGCGAGCCACGCUUGAGUACACAAUGGAUGUUAUCCUAGCCAUCGUUGCAGGAGCCAUCGUCAACCCGUUCUUGCUUGGCAUCUCUGCUUUGCUUCUGGCCCUAUACUUCUGGUGCGCUCGACGCUUCGUUACCGCAUCACGAAAGCUCAAGGUUCUAGAAAAUGCCUCAAAGGGCCCCCCUCUAGAGUAUAUCGAUAAUAUAUUCAAUGGGCUAUCGACGGUCCGUGCCUUCGGGCAGGAAAAUAUUGUUAUGCAGCAAUUCUGCACCAGAGUCGGUCAUCAUGCAAGAGCAUACUGGCAUCUUUGGCUGCUGAACCGCUGGUUGGGGUUCAGGAUUAAUGUGCUCGGGGCGAUCUUUUCUGCUGUUUCCGCAGCGAUGGUAGUCUACACACCUGGGGUGAGUCCGUCGACAGCCGGAUUCGCCAUUACUUUUACGAUCGAAGUUUCUCUUGUUAUGGCCCUCAGUAUUCGUCGCUAUGUCAAUUUAGAACAGGGGUUGAACAGUGUUGCACGGAUCCACUCGUACGCUACUGUCCCGAGAGAGGACAACCCCGACCCUACUGUUCAUUCUGACAAUUUGGAGUCGUGGCCGCAACGAGGAAAACUUCAGGUGUCUGAUCUAUGUGUGAGACAUGCUCCUCAUCUUCCCUUAGUACUACAAGGGGUAAGCUUCACAGCAAACCCAGGCUCUAGGGUUGGUGUCAUUGGACGCACGGGUGCUGGGAAAUCAUCCCUUGUUCUGGCCCUGUUUCGCUUCAUUAAGGCCACACAGGGCAAGAUCGUGGUCGACGGCGUCGAUAUCUCCCAAGUGCCACUACAUUCUCUGCGCAGUCGCUUGGCUAUUAUCCCGCAGCAUCCUGUGCUCUUUCGCGGCAUUGUUAGGAGUAACCUAGAUCCGUUUCAUGAGUACGAAGACGAUACACUCCUGAGCGCUCUUCAGGCUGUUGGAUGGCAGGAAGUGAAUUUUGGCAUCUCACGCCUCUCUGAGGAUGUAUCUACUCCGCCUGAAUCUUCAUCUUCUCUCCCGAACAGCGCCGAUACCUGUUUAGCGACCGAAGAGAGCUCAUCCGAUGCGGAGGAGGCCACUCCUUUCUUAAAAGAGACACUUAAGAACAACAUCUUAUCUCAGCCUGUCACAGAUUGCGGCGAAAACCUGUCGCAUGGCCAACGACAGCUCCUUUGUCUCGCCCGGGUCAUCGUCCGUCAGCCGAAGAUCAUGAUCCUCGACGAAGCAACAGCAUCUGUGGAUAAAGCCACGGAUCAGCUUAUCCAACGUAGUUUGCGCUCCGCCCUAGGUAAUCGUCAGACGACACUGUUAGUCAUUGCGCAUCGGCUGAAGACAGUCGCUGACUCGGACGUCGUGCUUGUUCUGGAUAGCGGGAGGAUCGUGGAGUCUGGAAGUCCAUUGGAGCUUCUACAACGUGAAGAUGGGUAUUUUAGAGGCAUGAUCGAGCAGGAUCCAGACAGGGAGGCUCUUAAGGAAUCGAUUUUGGGUGAGACGUCUCAGAAAAUCUAG